AGGUCGCAUAGCAACCACGCCGCGUGUCGCUCGCUCUGACCAGGAAGUGUGGUGUCCCGAGCUCCGCUCCCCGGCCGGGGGGUCAGUCAGGCCGCUCUCCCAGGAUGUGGGUGUGUGGCUGCCAGUGUCUGCUGGUGUGCUCGGUGCUCGCCCUCAGCCUUCCGCCCAGCGUCCGCCCCUCCCAGGGCGUCUCCCCCGCAGCCCCCGCCGCUCCCAGCGCCGGCGGCCCGGGCCCUCCGGGAUCCGUCAGAGGGAAUAACACCGGCCCUUCCUCCACCGUGUCCGCGGGCCCCGCCCCCGCCAAGCCCAGCACUCAGAGAGCCCUGGCCGUGCUGGUGGUGGUGAGCGCCGCCGUCAUCGUGUACUUCGUCUUCAGGACCAUCCGGACAAGAAGGAAGAAUAAAAAGACGAGAAAAUAUGGUGUUUUGGAUACUAGCAUAGGAAACAUGGAGUUAACCCCAUUAGAACAAGAUGAUGAAGAUGACGACACAUUAUUUGAUGCCAAUCAACCUCGGAGGUAAUCCGGUGCCUUGACUUGGACGAAGUUUUAAAACGAAGAAAUACAUACUGUGCUUUAAAAGAAAGUUGAGUUGGGUUAUUGCUGCUUAGUCACAUGGCAUUGCUUCCUGGUUUAAUAACAACUUGUUAGGAACAAUUGUUGGCUAUGAAUGCAGCUGAGAUGAGAUGGGACGGUCCCUCGUUAUCAAGAAGCGAACCUUUCAUAAACCGUUUUAAAUUAAACCAGGCUACAAUGCCUGAGAACCUUAGGCAGCAUAACUAUUAACGCAAGAUGUAGUGGUUAUAUUCCGUAUAUAAAAAAACAACAAAAGUUUAAUUUGUCGUCCUAUCCAAAGACUUCUGGGAAUAAAUGUAAUUCUCAUUGUGUAUAUACUUUAUAGCAAUAUACUGAGAAAUGUCACAAAACGUUCAUUAAAAGAUCAUAUUUAAGACAA